AUGAGGUGUCCACGGUUCAUUACGCUGCUGAUUGCCAGUUUUUUGGCCGCGUGUGCUCAGCGAAGUUUCGGAAUCGGUAAUGUCCAGAGAAACGUGGUUGUUGAUCUGAUGGUCAUCACUGACUUCUCUAUCUAUACGAGGUGGAUGAGAUUUCAUGGCAACGACGAACGGAAGGCAGUUGACAGCAUCGAGCAUUUCUACACUCACGUUGUUGACGGGAUUGCACGACGUUACAGAAACGCAAACAUCCCCGGCUUCAAUAUCAAGGUCGUACUGGCUGGAAUCUAUAUCUCCAAGAACCAGACAGACUUGCAAUUCCUCGAGUCACCUGACAUCAGGAUGAGCGAUAAGACGAUUGACGGCAUCAAAGCCUACACGAAACUCUGCGAAUGGAUGUGGAAUGACGAUAAUUUGGUGAAGAGAAAGUUUCCCAAAUUUGAUGUAGCUGCUGUUUUUACGCUAAACUCUAUGCACAAUGUUGACGGCAUAGGCGCCAUGUUCGCCCUAUGCAGAAGGGAUGCGGUGUACAUCACCAGGGAGGAGGGCAUGUAUCGGGCUGUAGAUAUUGGAACGCACGAAUUGGGUCAUAUAUUAGGUGCAAACAAUGAUGGACAGGGCAACAACUGCAGUCCUAAAGAUCAUUACAUCAUGGCGCCCAUCAGAAAUUCUGUCACGGAAGAAAAUGCCAAAACUUUCUAUUCUUUUUCUCCAUGUUCCGUUAGCGAAAUUACACGAUUCCUUACCCAGCAAUACAGCACUCCUGGCAACUGUCUCGCAAUGUCACCAAGGACAAAAUCUCAAGAUGAUUUGAAAAGACAUUUGACUACAAAAAUAGGCCAAAGAUACUCGAUCGAUGAACAGUGUCAGAUUAUUUUUGGGAAAGAUGCGUCAACAUGUGGGGGAGGAGGCGAGUUGAAAAGUCGUAGAGUAUGUGAGAUGAUGUUUUGUUGGGUACCGCGAGAGAACACGUGCGUCCAUCUGAGUCAGUUUCAGAAAGCAGCUGACGGAACAUCGUGCUCAAGUGGCAUGUGGUGUUUCGAUGGUCUCUGCAGGCCAGAUCCAAUGGCCCCUAAAUACGAAGGCACCUGCAAAUUCGGAGACUGGAAAGGCAGAUGGCCUGACGGGAAGGUUACUCGGACGUGCGACGAAGUGAUGCGCCAGGUUCCGUGGAGAUGCUACGACGACAGAGUUGCUGAUGGCUGCUGUCAGACUUGUGCCACAGUCAAGAAGAAAAAUGAAAAUGAAAAAUGCCCCUACAGCGACAAGUUAUCUAAAAGCGAAUGCUCAAAAAGCCUGUGUAAAGAUCCAAAGAAGAACAGCUUAUGUUGCAAAACCUGUCCCGGAGUUACUGCCACAACGGAUUCUGAGAAGGACAAACCUCCAAAAAGUACGGAUGCAAAUGUGCCGAAGAAGGUUGAUGAUAAGGAGAAAGUGAAUGUAAAUAAGCAAUCCGAUUGUCCGAACGGUGAUACGGGGACCUGGUGCAAGACAGUUUCCAAGUACGAAUGCUACAAUGGAGAGAAAAUCUGUUGCGAAACAUGUUCGAAAUUGAGGGACAACUCAAGAGUUGGUUGUGAAUAUGGCGAUAAAGCGCCUUGGUGUGCAGAUUACGUGCGUUCCAAUCCAGGCGAGUGCAAGAACCCUGACACGGAAUGUUGCGGAAAAUGCCCCUACAGCGACAAGUUAUCUAAAAGCGAAUGCUCAAAAAGCCUGUGUAAAGAUCCAAAGAAGAACAGCUUAUGUUGCAAAACCUGUCCCGGAGUUACUGCCACAACGGAUUCUGAGAAGGACAAACUGAUAAUGAAUGAAAUAAAAAAUGGUAACAAUAAGAACCAUAGGUCUCUAAACAAAUUUGUCCAAGAAGAUGACAAAUGA